AUGUCCGCUUUCAAUUAUUCGACGGUCGAUCCUUCAUAUCUGCUACCAGAUGGUACUCCCGAUUAUUUACGUCUUAUCUUAACAUCACGAGUAUACGAUGUUUGCCAGGAAACACCAGUGACGCCGGCUGUCGGUAUGUCUGCCCGACUAAAUACGACAAUUUUGUUCAAAAGAGAAGACUUACAACCAGUAUUCUCAUUUAAACUAAGAGGUGCCUAUAACAUGAUGGCUCAAUUGUCACCCGAUGUAAGCUGGAAGGGAGUAAUUGCCUGUUCGGCAGGAAAUCAUGCCCAGGGAGUAGCUUAUUCAGCUAAACAUCUCAAAAUCCCCGCUACCAUUGUCAUGCCCACUCCAACUCCUUCUAUUAAGUACACAAAUGUUCAUAGAAUGGGUGCCAAGGUGGUACUUCAUGGUGAUGACUUUGAUGCUGCUAAAGUUGAAUGUGCCAGAUUAGCCGAAAAGCAUGGACUGACUAAUAUUCCUCCAUUCGAUGAUCCUUAUGUUAUUGCUGGUCAAGGUACUAUUGGACUAGAGCUUGUUCGUCAAGUCAACAUUCACCAAGUUAAAGCCGUCUUCUGUGGUGUUGGUGGUGGUGGUUUGAUUGCUGGUGUUGCUGCUUAUAUCAAGAGAAUUGCUCCUCAUGUUAAAAUCAUUGGCGUUGAGACUUACGAUGCUGAUGCUAUGUACAGAUCUUUAAAAACUGGAGAGCGUGUAACGUUAAAACAAGUUGGCCUGUUCGCUGAUGGUGCUGCUGUUAAAGUUACAGGUGAAGAGACCUUCAGAUUGUGUCAGCAAUACGUUGAUGAGGUUGUGCAUACAACCACCGAUGAGAUCUGUGCUGCUAUCAAGGACGUCUUUCAAGAAACUAGAUCUAUUGUUGAACCAGCCGGUGCACUUUCUGUUGCCGGUAUCCAAAAAUACAUUGCAUUACACCCUGAGUUGGAUCACGCUAGUGCUUCUUAUGUUUCGGUGUUGUCAGGCGCAAAUAUGAAUUUUGACCGACUAAGAUUUGUAGCAGAAAGAGCUAAACUUGGUGAAGGCAAAGAGGUGUUUCUCAUUGUUAACAUUCCAGAAACUCCUGGCUCAUUCCGAGACCUUAUCAACGCAAUUCACCCUAGAGCCAUAACCGAGUUCUCAUACCGAUAUUAUGACAGUGAAACGGCAAACGUGUACAUGUCGUUCUCAGUUGACGACAGAGAAUCUGAGAUCGCUGAUGUAAUGCAAAAAAUCUCCGGAUUAGGUUUCUCUGCCGUCGAUGUCAGUGACAAUGAGUUUGCUAAGACCCAUGCCAGAUACUUGGUUGGUGGUAAAGCUAAUGCCCCAACUGAAAGAAUAUUCCAAUUCGAGUUCCCCGAACGUCCAGGUGCUUUAAUGAAUUUCCUUAACGGCCUCAAGUCAAAAUGGAACAUAACUUUGUUCCAUUACAGAGACAAUGGAUCCGACGUGGGCAAGAUCCUAGCCGGAAUAACGGUACCUCCAUCCGAAACCAAUGAAUUCGAAGACUUUCUAGCGUCAGUAGGCUAUCCUUACUCAGAAGCCACGGAUAACAUCUGUUAUAAACUCUUCCUUAAAGGCUCGAACUAG